UCACUGUCCAGGCCUCAGACUCUGGGGCAGGGAGGGGGAUUCUCAGCCUGAGCCCUCCCUUCACCCUGCCCCUCCCCCCAGCAAUGGCCUGAGCCCCCAUGGCUGCCCCUCAGGACCUGGACAUCGCUGUGUGGCUGGCCACGGUGCACCUGGAGCAGUAUGCAGACACGUUCCGACGGCAUGGCCUGGCUACAGCAGGUGCAGCCCGGGGCCUGGGCCACGAGGAGCUGAAGCAGUUGGGCAUCAGCGCCACAGGGCACCGGAAACGCAUUCUACGCCUGCUGCAGACAGGCACCGAAGAGGGCUCCCUGGAUCCCAAAUCAGAUAGUGCCAUGGAACCAUCCCCCAGCCCAGCCCCGCAAGCCCAGCCCCCUAAGCCCGUGCCGAAGCCCAGGACCGUGUUUGGUGGACUCAGUGGCCCUGCCACCACUCAGAGACCUGGGCUGAGCCCAGCCCUCGGGGGACCAGGAGUGUCCAGGAGCCCAGAGCCCAGCCCAAGGCCCCCUCCUCUCCCCACUUCCUCCUCUGAGCAGUCUUCAGCCCUAAAUACUGUGGAGAUGAUGCCUAAUUCCAUCUACUUUGGCCUGGACUCAAGAGGCAGGGCACAGGCAGCUCAGGACAAGGCCCCAGACAGCUCCCAAAUCUCUGCCCCCACCCCUGCCCUCAGGCCCACAACAGGCACAGUGCACAUCAUGGAUCCUGGUUGCCUGUACUAUGGUGUCCAACCUGUGGGGACUCCAGGAGCCCCCGACAGAAGAGAGAGCAGAGGUGUUUGUCAGGACAGGGCUGAACACAGGCUCAGCAGACAGGAUCUGGAGGCACGGGAGGAUGCUGGCUAUGCCAGCCUUGAGCUACCUGGAGACUCCACCCUCUUAUCGCCCACCCUGGAAACAGAGGAGACCAGUGAUGACCUCAUUUCACCCUAUGCCAGCUUCUCCUUCACGGCAGACCGCCUCACGCCCCUGCUCAGUGGCUGGCUAGACAAGCUCUCCCCUCAGGGAAACUAUGUCUUCCAGAGACGCUUUGUGCAGUUCAAUGGGAGGAGUCUGAUGUACUUUGGCAGUGACAAGGACCCCUUCCCUAAGGGUGUGAUACCUUUGACUGCCAUUGAGAUGACCCGCAGCAGCAAGGACAACAAGUUCCAGGUCAUCACCGGCCAGAGGGUGUUCGUGUUCCGCACAGAGAGCGAGGCUCAGCGGGACAUGUGGUGCUCCACGCUGCAGUCCUGUCUGAAGGAGCAGCGCCUCCUGGGCCACCCCCGGCCCCCCCAACCACCCCGACCCCUCCGCACGGGCAUGCUGGAGCUGCGUGGACACAAGGCCAAGGUGUUUGCUGCCUUGAGCCCUGGAGAGCUGGCACUGUACAAGAGUGAGCAGGCCUUCUCUCUGGGCAUCGGGAUCUGCUUCAUUGAACUGCAGGGCUGCAGCGUCCGGGAGACCAAGAGUCGAAGCUUUGACCUGCUCACACCCCAUCGCUGCUUCAGCUUCACAGCCGAGUCUGGGGGUGCUCGGCAGAGCUGGGCGGCCGCUCUGCAGGAAGCAGUAACCGAGACCCUGUCUGACUACGAGGUGGCUGAGAAGAUCUGGUCUAAUCGGGCCAACCGGCACUGUGCGGACUGUGGGUCCUCCCGCCCAGAUUGGGCUGCUGUCAAUUUGGGGGUGGUCAUCUGCAAGCAGUGUGCAGGUCAGCACCGGGCCCUGGGUUCCGGGAUCUCCAAGGUGCAGAGCCUGAAGCUGGACACGAGUGUCUGGAGUAAUGAGAUAGUACAGUUGUUCAUUGUCCUGGGAAAUGAUCGUGCCAACCGCUUCUGGGCAGGGACCCUACCCCCAGGUGAGGGACUACAUCCAGAUGCGACCCCUGGCCCCCGGGGAGAGUUCAUCUCCCGAAAGUACCGUCUGGGUCUCUUCCGGAAGCCCCACCCUCAGUACCCAGAUCAUAGCCAGCUUCUCCAGGCACUGUGUGCAGCUGUGGCAGGACCCAACCUGCUGAAGAACAUGACCCAGCUCCUCUGUGUUGAGGCCUUUGAAGGCGAGGAGCCCUGGUUCCCCCCAGCCCUUGAUGGCAGCUGCCCUGGCCUCUUGCCCUCAGACCCCUCCCCUGGUGUGUACAAUGAGGUGGUGGUGCCUGCUACUUACAGCGGCUUCCUGUACUGCAGUCCCGUCAGUAACAAAGCUGGACCCUCACCCCCUCGCAGGGGCCGGGAUGCUCCCCCGCGCCUUUGGUGUGUGCUGGGAGCAGCUCUGGAAAUGUUUGCAUCGGAAAACAGCCCUGAACCCCUCAGCCUCAUACAGCCCCAGGAUAUUGUAUGUCUGGGUGUGAGCCCCCCACCCACUGACCCAGGUGACCUUGACAGGUUCCCCUUUUCCUUUGAGCUCAUCCUCACUGGGGGGAGGAUCCAGCAUUUUGGCACAGAUGGAGCUGACAGUCUGGAGGCCUGGACUAGUGCUGUGGGCAAGUGGUUCUCCCCGCUGAGCUGCCACCAGCUGCUGGGUCCCGGGCUGCUGCGGCUGGGCCGCCUAUGGCUGCGGUCCCCCUCCCAUACAGCCCCGGCCCCUGGUCUCUGGCUGUCAGGGUUUGGCCUCCUUCGUGGUGACCACCUCUUCCUGUGCUCAGCGCCGGGCCCUGGCCCCCCAGCCCCUGAGGACAUGGUGCAUCUGCGGCGGCUACAGGAGAUCAGUGUGGUUUCUGCAGCUGACACCCCAGAUAAGAAAGAGCAUUUGGUCCUGGUGGAGACAGGAAGGACCCUGUAUCUGCAAGGAGAGGGCCGGCUGGACUUCACGGCAUGGAACGCAGCCAUUGGGGGCGCGGCUGGUGGGGGCGGCACAGGGCUGCAGGAGCAGCAGAUGAGCCGGGGUGACAUCCCCAUCAUCGUGGAUGCCUGCAUCAGUUUUGUUACCCAGCAUGGGCUCCGGCUGGAAGGUGUAUACCGGAAAGGGGGCGCUCGUGCCCGCAGCCUGAGACUCCUGGCUGAGUUCCGUCGGGAUGCCCGGUCGGUGAAGCUCCGACCAGGGGAGCACUUUGUGGAGGAUGUCACUGACACACUGAAACGCUUCUUUCGUGAGCUCGAUGACCCUGUGACCUCUGCACGGUUGCUGCCUCGCUGGAGGGAGGCUGCUGAGCUGCCCCAGAAGAAUCAGCGCCUGGAGAAAUAUAAAGAUGUGAUUGGCUGCCUGCCGCGGGUCAACCGCCGCACACUGGCCACCCUCAUUGGGCAUCUCUAUCGGGUGCAGAAAUGUGCGGCUCUAAACCAGAUGUGCACGCGGAACUUGGCUCUGCUGUUUGCACCCAGCGUGUUCCAGACGGAUGGGCGAGGGGAGCACGAGGUGCGAGUGCUGCAAGAGCUCAUUGAUGGCUACAUCUCUGUCUUUGAUAUCGAUUCUGACCAGGUAGCUCAGAUUGACUUGGAGGUCAGUCUUAUCACCACCUGGAAGGAUGUGCAGCUGUCUCAGGCUGGAGACCUCAUCAUGGAAGUUUAUAUAGAGCAGCAGCUCCCAGACAACUGUGUCACCCUGAAGGUGUCCCCAACCCUGACUGCUGAGGAGCUGACUAACCAGGUACUGGAGAUGCGGGGGACAGCAGCUGGGAUGGACUUGUGGGUGACUUUUGAGAUUCGCGAGCAUGGGGAGCUGGAGCGGCCACUGCAUCCCAAGGAAAAAGUCUUAGAGCAGGCCUUACAAUGGUGCCAGCUCCCAGAGCCCUGCUCAGCCUCCCUGCUCUUGAAAAAAGUCCCCCUGGCCCAAGCUGGCUGCCUCUUCACAGGUAUCCGACGUGAGAGCCCACGGGUGGGGCUGUUGCGGUGUCGUGAGGAGCCACCCCGCUUGCUGGGAAGCCGCUUCCAGGAGAGGUUCUUUCUGCUGCGUGGCCGCUGCCUGCUGCUGCUCAAGGAGAAGAAAAGCUCUAAACCAGAACGGGAGUGGCCUUUGGAAGGUGCCAAGGUCUACCUGGGAAUCCGCAAGAAGUUAAAGCCCCCAACACCGUGGGGCUUCACAUUGAUACUAGAGAAGAUGCACCUCUACUUGUCCUGCACUGACGAGGAUGAAAUGUGGGAUUGGACCACCAGCAUCCUUAAAGCCCAGCACGAUGACCAGCAGCCGGUGGUCUUACGACGCCAUUCCUCCUCUGACCUUGCCCGUCAGAAGUUUGGCACUAUGCCUUUGCUGCCUAUCCGUGGGGAUGACAGUGGAGCCACCCUCCUCUCUGCCAAUCAGACCCUGCGGCGACUACACAACCGGAGGACCCUGUCCAUGUUCUUUCCAAUGAAGUCAUCCCAGGGGUCUGUGGAGGAGCAAGAGGAGCUGGAGGAGCCUGUGUACGAGGAGCCAGUGUAUGAGGAAGUAGGGGCCUUCCCUGAGUUGAUCCAGGACACUUCUACCUCCUUCUCCACCACACGGGAGUGGACAGUGAAGCCAGAGAACCCCCUCACCAGCCAGAAGUCCUUGGAUCAACCCUUUCUCUCCAAGUCAAGCACCCUUGGCCAGGAGGAGAGGCCACCUGAGCCCCCUCCAGGCCCCCCUUCAAAGAGCGGUCCCCAGGCACGGGGGUCCCUAGAGGAACAGCUGCUCCAGGAGCUCAGCAGCCUCAUCCUGAGGAAAGGAGAGACCACUGCAGGCCUGGGAAGUCCUUCCCAGCCAUCCAGCCCCCAAUCCCCCAGCCCCACUGGCCUUCCAACACAGACACCUGGCUUCCCCACCCAACCCCCAUGCACUUCCAGUCCACCCUCCAGCCAGCCCCUCACAUGACCCUAGGACCAGCAGUCUGAGAGGGUAGGUACCAGAAGACCCAGAAGCUCUUAUCGUGGCACUGUUGCAGCUUCCUCUGCCCUGGCUGGAAAGACUCCAGAAUCCAGUGUGGUGCUGUGGAAGGAGCACUGGACUAAAGGCUUCAGUGGCUGCGUGUUCCAGGACAGGUCAUGGCCCCUCUCUGGGCCCAGCCCAUUUAUCUAUACCAUGAGGUAACUGAAGUAAGGAGAGCAGUGAAUGUCAAACUGUGUUUCUUAGAGCCAUAAGCCCCACAUAUUAUCCCUGAACAAGGGCAGCUCCUGCUUUAUAUAUUUGAUAUGUAGGGGUUCCAUGAGAGAUUUUGGGUUUUAAAGGAAUGGUUUUACUGCAUUAAAGAAAAAAAAUGCUUCGGAAACCAGAGGCCUGGGUGAUGUUAAAGUCUAUCCUGUCCCACUUCCUACAUUCUGGGACUACCGUGAAGCCUGGAGUAGGGACAGCGAGUUUGGGAGCUGGGCCUCGGGGAGUCAAAAAUAGAUGAGUAAUUGUCAAUAAACCUGGGAACCAAAAGA